UUUCAAAAGAAAUUUAUCAUGUUUAACGAUGCCUUUUCUGAAGAUUAUAAAAGAAUCCUAUACUAGGCGUAUGAUUGAAAAUUCGAAAAGAAAUGGUUUAAGGCAUGCCAUUUUUAGUCCUAAAAAUAAAGUACUUUUUAAAGGUUAUUACAGAGGCGAAUGGAAAGAUGAUAAAAAGGCCGGCAGGGGUAAAGAAUUAUAUAGCGAUGGAUCGAUGUAUGAAGGUGAUUGGUUGAACAAUAAAAGACAUGGUUGCGGUAUUUUGAGCAAAAUUUUAACAAAAGAUAAUACUAUUCGUUAUUAUUAUAUUGGUCAAUGGGUAAAUGACAAAAAGCACGGUUUUGGACACAGAUGGUUCGAAGAUGGCAGUUAUUACAAGGGUGAUUUUUGGAAAAAUAAACGCCAAGGUUAUGGUUAUAUGUGGUACUGUAAUGGCGAUUAUUAUGAGGGUGAUUGGAAGAAUGAUUUGUAUGAUGGCACAGGAACGCUCGUUACAGCUAAUGGUAACAGAUAUGUAGGUCAAUUUGUCAAAGGCAAAAAGGAAGGUCGCGGAAUUUUUUAUCACACAGUCACCGGCCAAGAACAACACGGUUUCUGGGAGAACGAUUCUUGUGUAAAUGCGACGAUGAUAGAUGCAUAUUGGCGACAGUCCGCUCCUCGUCCCACACCAUAUCCCAUUCCACGGGUACAUACAAUAAGUAAAAUUAUUCACAUUUUUCGUUUCUUGUAAUUCUAUGUACAUUUGUUUCACAGAGUGAACUGAAAC